GUUUGAUGAUAAACCUACAGAAAGGCAACUGCGGCGGUAGUUUUUUUGGGGGCGGGUAUAUGAGAGAGAAAAAAUUGCAGUCGUUCAAGCAGGAGCGGAGGGGCUAUUUGGUUCGUCCGAGUGAAGGGGAAAAAAAAAAAAAAAACCUAUAAAAAUUGAAGACGCAUCGAUAAAUUUUAGUACAACCUACUUCUCCUGUCUGCUGCAGGGGAGAAUGAGAGAGAAUGAGCCAGCGAGAUACCCUGGUGCAUCUGUUUGCUGGAGGGUGUGGGGGCACAGUUGGCGCAAUAUUGACAUGCCCGCUGGAAGUGGUGAAAACACGGCUGCAGUCUUCCUCUGUCACGCUGUACAUCUCUGAAGUGCAUCUCAGCACUAUGAAUGGGGCUAGUGUCAACAGAGUCUCUCUUGGACCUCUUCAUUGCCUGAAACUAAUACUGGAAAAAGAAGGCCCUCGUUCGCUUUUCAGAGGGUUGGGGCCUAAUCUGGUGGGUGUGGCUCCUUCCCGAGCUAUAUACUUUGCUGCUUACUCCAGUUCAAAAGAGAAAUUGAAUGGUAUUUUUGAGCCAGAUUCAACCCAGGUGCACAUGGUUUCAGCUGGACUUGCAGGGUUUACUGCAAUCACAGCCACUAAUCCUAUCUGGCUAAUAAAGACUCGCUUACAGCUGGAUGCAAGAAACCGGGGUGAGACGAGAAUGAGCGCAUUUGAAUGUAUCAGAAAGGUUUAUCAGUCUGAUGGGAUCCGUGGUUUUUAUAGGGGCAUGUCUGCUUCUUACGCAGGCAUCUCAGAGACUGUUAUUCAUUUUGUAAUUUAUGAAAGUAUUAAACGUAAACUACUGGAAGCUAAGACUGCUUCUGCCAUGGACAAUGAGGAAGAGUCUGUGAAGAAUGCUUCUGAUUUUGUUGGACUGAUGUUGGCUGCAGCCACCUCGAAAACCUGUGCCACUUCUAUAGCGUAUCCUCAUGAAGUAAUUCGAACCAGGCUACGAGAAGAGGGAACAAAAUACCGAUCUUUCUUCCAGACGUUAUCAAUGGUUAUAAAAGAGGAAGGCUACAGAGCGCUUUACCGUGGUCUUACCACGCAUUUGGUGAGACAGAUUCCAAACACCGCUAUUAUGAUGUCGACCUAUGAGCUUGUAGUUUACCUGCUUGAUGCAUAAUGACUAGAAGUCUGACCGUGAACAAGUUGGGAGACCAAACGACUGGAGCGGACCAGGAAACGCCAAAUCCCAUUUGGUGCCAGGAUGGAAAAGAAACCGGAAGGACUAAAGUUACAGAUAAAGAAUGACAGCCUGGUAAACAGUGAAGUCUAGUUCUGAAAGGAAAAAUGGUUAACCAGGGCUGUCAUACUGUGCAUCUGUCUCGCUGUCAAUGAGCUACUUUAUAUAUAAAAAAAAAAAAAAAGCCUGCUAACAGGAGAAUGCCUGUGGCACAAAAAAAAAGCCAGCUUGCAAAGCUGUCAUGUUUCCUAUCAUGUUUUAAAUAAGGAUAACACAAAGGUUAACGAGCGGUGGUUCCCUUUUUCUGAAAAAAGAUAACAUUGUUGAAAGUGCUGUGUUACAAAUGAGGGUCCAUAAAACUAAUUGAAAUAUAAUAUCCUGCUUUUCUGGUAUGUUUUAAUAGUUUUUUUAAAUUGUAAACUAAUGCAUCCUUUUUUUAAUUUUUUUUUUUUUAACAUUCAACUGAAGUUAAAGGUCCUCUUUUUUUUUUUGUAAGUUUUAAAAACUACAAACUGUUAUAUGCAAUGCAUAUGGGGCUGUAAUACACAGUCCUGUAUGUCUAAAGAAUGCAGCUGUAGAGUUCAAAUCUGUGUGUACUGUAGACUGG